AGAGAGAAAGAAAGAAAAAGAGAGUUUUUUUUUUUCUUUUACUUUUUUUUUAAAAAGAAUCCUUGUAUUCUUUUCUUUACAUUUGUGUGUGUGCUUGUGUGUUCAUUGACUUUAAAGGAGUUAACUUUACACGCAUACUAAAGAACAGUAAUUUAUCAAUUUUUUUUUUUUUUUCCUCUCUCUUUCUGUCACAUUUGGCUGUGUCUACAAAAUACGCAUUUGGACUGAUUGAACAAGAUCUCAUAUACAAAAACAAUAAAAAGCUUUUAUCAGCAAAUAUAAUCAAUAAUGACUGAAGUAAUGGACGAUAGUUAUAUGAUGGCAGAAAAUGAGUAUUUUUUGCCCGAUGACCAAAUGUAUGAAGACGAGCCUAUCACUCAAGAAGACUGUUGGACAGUGAUUGGCUCUUUCUUUGAAGAAAAAGGUCUCGUUCGACAACAGUUGGAUUCCUUUGAUGAAUUUGUUCAAAACACAAUGCAAGAGCUAGUAGACGAAAACUCAAAUCUAGUAUUACAACAUGUUGGAGGCGAUGGCGAUGUCACUAAACGAUAUAUUAUUGACUUUGGACAAAUUUACCUGUCAAAACCUACAAUGACAGAAGCCGAUGGUAGCUCACAGCCUAUGUUUCCUCAAGAAGCUCGUAUACGUAAUUUAACAUAUGCAGCUCCAUUAUACAUUGAUAUGAGUAAACGUACACAGAUAGCAAAGCCUUACGACCCAAAUAAUCCUAGAACAAAUCCUAAUGAUUACUUUAUGGAUGAGUCAACAGAACCUCCUCCAAAGACAAAAGUGUUUGUAGGAAAGGUCCCAGUGAUGCUACGGUCAAGUUAUUGUAUAUUGCACGACAUGCCUGAAAAAGAAAUGCACGACUUGAAUGAAUGCUCUUUUGAUAUGGGUGGUUACUUUGUCAUCAAUGGUUCAGAAAAAGUGUUGAUUGCCCAAGAACGCAUGGCUACAAAUACAGUCUAUGUGUUUUCAAAAGCACCACCUUCCAACUUUUCAUACACUGCCGAAAUUCGAUCACAACCAGAGAAGGGCUCCAAAAAUGCUUCUCCGUUAUUUAUUAAGAUGAUGAGGCCUUCAGCCGAGCGUGGUACCGCUGGCCAAUUCAUUCGUGCUGCUCUACCUUAUAUCCGAUCUGAAAUACCUGUAGUAAUCGUGUUUAGAGCGCUUGGACAAGUAUCAGAUCGUGAUGUCUUGGAGCAUAUCUGCUAUGAUCGCAAUGACUAUGAAAUGCUGGAAAUGCUUAAACCAUCAAUUGAAGAAGCGUUUGUCAUUCAAGAUCAAGAUGUUGCUUUAGACUUUAUCGGUAAAAGAGGUACCACAGUGGGCGCAACGAGAGAGAGACGUAUCAAGUACGCGUCCGAAAUUCUUCAAAAGGAGCUGUUACCUCACGUAGGUACUGCCUACAAGACAGAGACCCGAAAAUCAUACUUUUUUGGUUACAUGAUUCACCGUCUGCUCCUUGCCGCUCUCGAACGUCGUGAAUUAGACGAUCGUGAUCAUUAUGGCAAGAAGCGAAUGGAUUUGGCCGGUCCUCUUAUGGCAGGUCUCUUUAGAAUCUUAUUCAAGAAAUUGACAAAGGAUGUAGCCAAGUAUUUGCAAAAGUGUAUUGAGUCCAGCAGAGAAUUCAACUUGUCGUUGGCUGUCAAGUCCAACACGAUCACGAAUGGUCUCAAGUACUCAUUGGCUACGGGUAACUGGGGUGAUCAAAAAAAGGCAAUGCAAUCUCGUGCUGGUGUGUCUCAAGUAUUGAACAGAUACACCUUUGCUUCUACUCUUUCUCACUUGCGUCGAUGUAACACACCUAUUGGCCGUGAUGGUAAAAUUGCCAAGCCUCGUCAACUGCACAAUACCCACUGGGGUCUUGUCUGUCCUGCAGAAACACCUGAAGGUCAGGCAUGUGGUCUGGUCAAAAACUUGGCUUUGAUGUCAUACAUCUCCGUCGGUUCAUCCGCUAAUCCUUUGAUCAUGUUUUUGGAAGAAUGGGCCAUGGAAAACUUGGAAGAACUCAGUGCGACAAGCAUUGCGGAUGCUACCAAGGUCUUUGUCAACGGUGUCUGGAUCGGUAUUCACCGUGACCCUGGAGAAUUGGUCACCUCUUUGAAACAGAUGAGACGGUCUGUAGACAUUUCGCCCGAAGUCAGUAUUGUCCGUGAUAUUCGUGAAAAGGAAUUAAGAAUGUACACAGACGCAGGUCGUUGUUGCAGGCCUCUCUUCUUGGUUGAUAACCAACAGUUACGAUUGACCCGUGAGCACGUAUCUCGUCUUCAAGAUCCUGAUGACGACUACGGCUGGCAAGAUCUUAUUGCUGAGGGUAUUGUAGAAUAUGUGGAUGCGGAUGAAGAAGAGACAGCAAUGAUUUGUAUGACACCAGAAGAUCUUGCAGAAUCACGUAUGGCUGCGCAGUAUGGUGCUCCUCUUCAGCAGACUCGUAGCUUGGCCAGUCGUGUAAAAUCACAGACAGGCACAUAUGCACAUACUUGGACACACUGUGAAAUUCAUCCAAGUAUGAUCCUUGGUAUCUGUGCCAGUAUCAUUCCUUUCCCUGAUCACAACCAAUCUCCUCGUAACACCUAUCAAUCUGCUAUGGGUAAGCAGGCCAUGGGUGUAUAUCUUACUAAUUUCCAAAUGCGUAUGGAUACGCUUGCCAAUAUUCUGUAUUAUCCUCAAAAGCCCCUGACAACUACACGAUCCAUGGAGUUUUUGCGAUUCAGAGAACUUCCUGCUGGUCAAAAUGCUAUUGUAGCCAUAUUAUGUUACUCUGGUUAUAAUCAAGAAGAUUCUGUCAUCAUGAAUCAGAGUAGUAUCGAUCGUGGUCUCUUCAGAUCCUUAUUCUUCCGUACUUAUAUGGAUGCUGAGAAGAAGGCGGGUAUGAUGUUUAUGGAAGAGUUUGAGAAGCCAACACGUGAGACGACGCUUCGAUUGAAGCAUGGUACAUAUGAAAAAUUGGAAGAUGAUGGUCUUAUUGCUCCCGGUACGCGUGUCUCUGGUGACGAUAUUAUCAUUGGUAAGACCGCGCCUAUUCCUCCAGAAUCCGAAGAGCUGGGUCAGAGAACGAGUACACAUUCAAAGCGUGAUGCCUCUACUCCUUUGAGAUCAACAGAAACGGGUAUUGUGGAUCAAGUGAUGUUGACAACAAAUCAAGAUGGUUUAAAGUUUGUCAAAGUGCGAGUUCGUUCAACCCGUGUGCCUCAGAUGGGUGACAAGUUUGCCUCUCGUCACGGUCAGAAAGGUACGAUUGGUAUCACUUAUCGUCAAGAAGAUUUCCCCUUCUCUGCUGAAGGUAUCACACCUGAUUUGAUCAUUAAUCCUCACGCUAUUCCUUCUCGUAUGACAAUUGGUCACUUGAUUGAAUGUUUACUUGGUAAAGUGUCAACAUUGACUGGUAAUGAAGGUGAUGCCACACCAUUCACGGAUGUUACAGUCGAAGCAAUUUCACAAGCAUUGCAAGAACAGGGAUACCAGCAACGUGGGUUUGAAGUCAUGUAUAAUGGUUUUACUGGUCGUAAGCUGAAUGCUCAAGUAUUCUUGGGUCCAACCUAUUAUCAGCGUUUGAAACACAUGGUAGACGAUAAGAUUCACAGUCGAGCAAGAGGACCUGUACAGAUCUUGACAAGACAACCAGUUGAAGGUCGUUCAAGAGAUGGUGGGUUACGUUUUGGUGAAAUGGAAAGAGAUUGUAUGAUUUCCCAUGGUGUUGCUCAAUUCUUGAAGGAACGUUUGUUUGACGCAUCAGAUGCAUAUCGUGUCCAUGUGUGUGAUAUCUGUGGUCUGAUGGCUAUUGCAAACUUGAAAAAGAACAAUUUUGAAUGCCGCGCAUGUAAAAAUAAGACUAGAAUUUCACAGAUCCAUAUUCCUUAUGCUUGUAAACUUUUAUUCCAAGAAUUAAUGGCAAUGAACAUUGCUCCUCGUAUGUUUGUUGAUGCAGACUAAAUAAAAUUACAUAUUUUAAAUUCCGAC